AUGAUGCUUCAACUACAGCCUCUCGCGCUUCAAAUCUUUUUCCAGGUUACCACCGCUACAAGGGCACUCCAGCGCCUUGCCGGCAUGGAAGUACCCACGUUCAAGUUCGACGCAGCCUCUUUCCAGGAUUUGUACACGCAAAUCGAUCAGGCCUUGGAAUGUUUCGAGAAGGCACGCCCGGAGGCAUUCGAGGGAAAGGAGGAUAUGCCCGUGGUUAUCGACGUACCCAACAUGUGGCAUUUCGAUCUGAACGGCUUGACGUAUUUGCAGGAGUUUAAACCGCAAACCCAGCACCAAUUGCUCGCGUACUCGCACACAAUGGACAAUCUACUCACGCAGAAGACGCCUACUGCGCUGGCAAUCGCGCAGGCUGUAGGCAUAACGGGGAGCGUGUUCUUACUAGGAUCCAAUGUAUGCCUUUCGGUAGUCGGCAUCCCCGCCGCAAUGCAAGCCCCCGCUCCCCUCGCAGUAAAGCAAUGGCACACAAUCUUCACACGAGGCGGCGCAAUCGCGAGGCCAUUAGCCAUUGUCUCAGCUCUAGCAACCGGGUACUUGGCCUAUAACCAAGAUCCCAAAUCCACACCUUUUCGCCUGAACGCUCUCGCGACCAUCCUCCUCCCCAGCAUCGUCCCCUUCACGCUCCUCGCCAUGGCACCCACCAACGACAAGCUUCUAGGCAAGAAGGACGAACUCGCGACCGCAUCGUUGAGCAACAAGAACGUCGAAGCAUUUGCCGCCGAGGGCGAGACAGUACACGAGUUGAUGGACAAGUGGGCGAGUCUGAACAUGGCGAGGGCAAUGCUGGUGGCUGUGGGAGCAGUGUGUACCGUUGCGUCAGCGGUCGUGGGAAGGAGGGAGCUUGUAAAGUUUGGUGGCCGGUGGUAA